AUGCCAACUCCAGAAACAGAAGCACAUACAAUUGUGAUGUUGUAUUGUCCAAAUUUGAAGCAUUUAUUGGAGCCGAUAAUUUCUAUGUUGUCAAGCAUAAUCUUGUUCUGGCUAAACAAAAGAGAUUUAUACAAGCACAUCCACAACUGGACACUGCAAUAUGCCAACAAGGGAUACUACACGAUUGAAAUUAAAGUGUUUGUGAGACUUCCCGCCAGUCUCAACAAAGAGAGGUGUUGCAGAGGAUUUUAUGGCUUACUCAAUCACAACAUUAAUUCACAAUAUCAAUUAUGCUUUGGAACAUAUGACAGCAAUCCAGAACACUUAGACGAACUUCCACCAUGCGAACUUGCAGUGAAUGUUGUUGAAAUGUUUGGUGGUGUUGAGAAACAACUUGCUAUUGGACAAGAGGUUCACAACAAAGGUGAAUACCGAUGGUUAGCGACAAUUUUGAAUCACCUAGUAUUUUUUUAA